AUGGAAGGAAUAUCGGAAGCAAGAGAGCAAGCUAAGAAGCUCAUAGGAGAAGCUCUUCCUAGUCCUGGAAUAGAACUGAAUUUAUUGCCCUUCUUUAUGGCAGAGCACUGCGAUGCCAAGACAAAGAAAACCAAGUUGUCAUCACCCAUGUGA